AAAUUGGUCCAAGUUCAUCCAAAUCUCAAUUCCCCAAAAUCAUUCACCAAAACCACAACCACAACAAUCCUCCAAAAAACUCAUUACAAAACCCCCUUUUCUUGAUUUUCUCAAGAAAAUCCAAAGUUGUUAGCUUUUUGAAGGAAAAAAAAUCAAUCUUUUUGGUUUUAAGUGGAGAUGCUGCACUUGUUCUUUGCAGUGGCGUUUUCUGCAGUGCCUUUGACUCUGUAUAUACCUCCGGUGAGAAGCUUGAAUCUUUUUGUGGAAACUAUGGAGGAUCUUUGUAGGGAAUCAAGUGUUUAUACAGGAAGGAUGUAUCCCAGGCUACGACAUGUUUGGGCUAGGUUCUUGAAUUGUAUGUUUUGUGUCACUACAAGGUAGAUUAUUCAAGAUUCACUAAACUUGAACCAACCCCCUCUGUAAAUAUUUUUUUUUUUUUCAAUUUUCAAGUUUCAGCCUACAAUAUAUCUCUGGGUUUGUGGAUUUGUUUGGUGGUUCUCUCUGCAAGGCUUUGUUUUUUUGUUUCAGAGAUUUGAUGGUUCAUGUUAAAUCAAAGUGCAUUAAUAAAAAAAAGGGUUAUUAUUGGUUGCAA